UGCCCACUUUCGGUUCGUUGUGGUUAUUGAUCGAUGCUUAUUUCCUAUGUAGAUGCGGUAUUCUUCAACACUUGUUGCGGGCUCAAUAAGGACGAGGUCUCCCGUGGCGUUAAGCGGCGGCAAUCUGGUGUAGAAGAAGUACAUACCAAGAGAAAACAAGAUGUGCGGUGUACAUCGCUCAAAGAAGCUGUCAAAUUCGCCAAACGAAACAAUCUAUUGGGUGUAAUAUGCGAAUCAACGCCAUUGGUACGAGUACCAUCGCUUAUCAAGAAUAUUAAAGAGAGUGGGUUGGUUCUUGUCACGUAUGGCCAAAUGAAUGCCGAUGAACGGUACCGCUCCAUCCAAGAACGCUAUGGCGUGGACGCCUUGAUGAUACAUGAUGUUGUUCACUUUAAUACCACGAUGGCAGGCGUCGGCUUUUAAUUAGCUUGCAAAAAAAGAACACAGCCUUUAAUUUUCCAUAGCCUUCCUUUCCUUCUUCGCUCCCAACCCUUAUUAGACCUUCUCUUUCUCCCUUUCUCUCCCCUCAUUCCUGUUGUAUAUCGAUUUAACCACCAGCGCACCGUCUCAUUUCUCCUCUCAACACAC